AUGCAUAAUAAACAUAGGAUAGUAUUCAUUUCAGAAUCAACAUUAGUUCCUCCUAAAUAAGUCCCAGAAAAAUCUUAAUAAGUGGAACCUUUCAGGGUGAAUUCAAAAAUAUAAUAACUUGCAUAAUAGGAUUAUGAUCUACAUGUACGUCAAUAAUUAGAAGAGUUAAAAAAAUUUUUAAAAGAAAAACAAUAAAAGUUUAUAAUAGAUUAUGGAGGUCAUGAUGAUGAAAAUACUCAAUGUUAAUAAAACCUUUUAAAAUAAUAGAAUUAAAAUUAGUUAAAAUCUUUUAAAAAUGAUAAAUAAAUUCUACCUUAAUUAUGUACCAGUUAGCGUUUUUCAGACAUGGUAUAAACUUAAAAAAUAAGACAAAAAUUAUAGAAUUGCAAAUCCAUCCAACCACUUAAAAAUCAAAGUCGCAAAUAUAUUUCUGAUUUUAAUUAAUCUUCUUUUACAGUUGAUUAAUUAGAAUCUUUAAGUCAAACAGAGGUUAAACAAUCAUCAGGUAUUAAUAAAUAAACCUUUAAAUCAAGAUAUUAAAGUAGUUUUCCUUCAAAAUGUCAAUGUAAAUACAAAAAAAAUGAUAGUAUCAUAAAGUAGUCUAAUAAUAAAGUUGUGAUGAAUUUACAAAUGUUUUAAAUAGAUUUUAUUCACAAAAAUGAAAAAAAAAUAAGAAAAACUGUCUAUUGCUAAUCUGAUUUUGAAGACAAUAAGGACGAAAAGAAAUUGAAGAAAUAAUAAACUUUUCCUUUUAUUAAAUUAAAUUAAUAGAUUGGUAAAUAAGAAGAUCAAUUACUUAAUCAAACAGGUAAAUUUUGGACAAGUUCUAUGAUUGAUGCAUAUGCUAAUUAUUUAAAUGGUAAUGAUGAAAAAUAUUAUUUUUCAUUAUCAAAAUAAUAAAGAUAAUGCCAUCAAAGACUUUAUAUUUUUACUUCAGAUUUUAUUACUAAUUGUAGUUUGGGUUCCAAUCCUUCAAAAGAAAAAUUAUUAUUGUUAAUUUUAGAAAAAUUAGAAUAUUUUAAAAAAAUUUAGUAUUAGUUUUGGAUUAUUUAUUAAAAAAUUGUCUUUGUUGUAAAUUAGAAUAAUAUUCAUUGGUAUUUAGUUACAGUAGAUUUAAAUGAAAGAUUUAUUUAUGUUUAUGAUUCUUUAUUGGGAGAUAAAUAUCAUUAUUAAUAAGUUAAAGAAUUAUUGACAUUUUUUUUUAUGAACUUUAGAAGAAUCAAUUAGAUGAAUAACAAAAAAAAGAAUUUUAAUUCAAACUUAUCAAAAAGAGAAAUUUUGAAAAAUAAAAUGAUGGUUAUUCUUGUGGAUACUUUACUUGUAUUGCUCUUGAAUAUUUAAGUAACGUAAAUUAAAAUAAAGAUUAUAAAAAGAAGCAUUAAAUUAAAGAAAUUUUAAAAUAAAUUUUAUUAUACGGAAUUGUAGAGGAAGAGGAAAAUAAAUGAUUUUUAAUAUGAUUAAAAUUAUAAUUAUUUAUUCAAUAAUAAUUGA